CUCGAGUGGCAUCAAGACAUUGCUCAGCUUGCUCGUCAGGGUGCUUUGUUCCCUCGGAGCCUGUGCUAUCUUGGGCCCACCGCCCGAGGCACGUCCAUCCCACAAUCCCAGCCUUGUGCCCUCUUCGUGACCUCUCCACUGGCGAUGCUCCCGUCCAUCCUCCUGCUGCUCCUUCAUCUGACUGGUGCAUUGGCUUAUAUCCCUGCGGUCCCCACGAACAACACGCAGGAUGCUAUCAAUGGUGGUUUGAACGUUACUGACGUCUCAAAACUCUAUGUGCAGUGGUUUGGCGGCAUUGACUCGCAAUCGGUAUCGUACCAACUGGUAGGGUCUGGAAGUAAUGGUAUUAGUAAAGGCGCCCUGGUCCAUUUCUCGGAAGAAGAGGCCGGGAACGGGACGACGACAACGCCAUGGAUUGCGCUGGUGUCCUGCGACGGCAACGCGACACACGAUUCGCUCGAGGACGAUAUCUUCACACUUGCCCGCGAUCGAGGUGCCGUAGGAGCUGUGCUCUUUUCCGAGUGGUCCGAUGCAUGCAUCAUCAAUCCUGAGUAUGCAAAUCCAGAAAACUUCGAUCAAGUGAUGGAUAUUUUUUCAACACAGAACCUUGCGUCGGCCAGGGUCAUCGAGGGUCAGUUCGAGGCAAUCAAUGUUUCAACGUACGGGUCGUUCGACGCAGCCAGCCUCAACUCCUCUCAAAGUGUGAUCAACGACACUCUCCAAGCAGGGUACCCUACCGCACCUGGUUAUCUUUGGGCCACCUUACAGGCGUAUAAUGCGACAGGUGAUCCAGACAUCAGGAACGCCAACAACAACUCCGCAAACGCUAACCCUCAGAAAUCUGCCAAAACCACCCUGGCCAUGAUCGUCCUGUAUGCCAUCACUGGAUGCGUCUCUGCUAUGUUCUGUGUGGUCAUUAUUACUGGUGCGGUGCGUGCAAUUCGCCAUCCGGAACGCUACAGAGUCGUCAUCGGCGGAUCUGGAGGGGGAGCCGGUUAUGGGAACGAAGGGCGCACCGCGGUUCUCACCCGCGCCAUUCUCGACACAUUCCCCAUAAUCAAGUUCGGACGGUCCGGUACAGACAAUGCCGAUUCACAUGGUGGCUUUGACGCGAAAGAUAUUGAGGCGUACCCUGAAGGAGAGCGCACUCAGCAGUCGCAGUCAUUGGAGAUGAAAGAUCUGCACGAGCAAGAUAUUGCGGACGCUACGGAGGAGGCUCAAACUGGCAAAUCGUUUGUUCGGACAUCUGAACCUGCUGACGUCCAAGGAGAGCCUAGUUCUCCACAGAGACGGGAGAGCCUUCCAAAAUUGAAUACAACCCUGGUGGACAGACCGCGUCCAGGGACAGCUGUUGGGAGCUCUGCAGGACCCUCGCAAGAGACACCAGCCCCCGACCAUCCCAUGCCGGAUGCUAUAGGGCGAGAGACGUGCCCUAUAUGUAUCCUCGAUUUCGAAGAGGGAGAUGAUCUACGCGUGCUUCCAUGCGAGGGCCAGCACAAAUUUCACCAGCGCUGCGUUGAUCCGUGGCUGCUCGAGCUCUCCAGUUCCUGUCCACUUUGUCGACAUGACUUCCACGCACUGGAAACAAUGCUGUCUGGGUCGACCGAGGAUGGCCAUGCGCCCAUUGACCGUGGUCAUUCGCCAUCUUCGCCUACGCCAGGCUCUCGCUUCUCACGUUACCUACGGUUUGCACAGCGGCGUCACCGCCAUGACCACCCUGACCCGACGGACCCACCGAUGCCUAUGGCACCGCAGACGGCGAUGUAAGUAGCUCUGGGAGCGAUACGCGAUUUCGGACUUGAAUGGCUAGACCGUUGGACUAUGCGAUCCUCUAUGAUUUUUCUUGUCUAGUUAUCCUUGAUUUGCUGUACUCGAUGUAUCCUAUGUGUGUAAUCUAUCUUGACCUUAGUUUUCCUGG